UCCUCUCCGUGUCCGUCCCAAAUCCUCCUGCCCCCAACCGAUCCCAGAGAUCACGGUCCCCAUCCAUCCCACCAUCACCCAUCCGCCAUCGGCCCCGCCUCUCUCUCUCUCUCUCCCCCGUCCCCCUCGUCCUCCUCUGCUUUUUAUUACUCUUCUCCACUCAUUAGCUUUUGGUUGUUGUUGGUUGGUUCCCUUCUUGAGAGUUGCGAGAACCCCCGAAACCCAACUGGGUACAUCAUCAUCCACCCCCCAAGGAGAGAGAGAGAGAGGAGGCAAGGGGCGGAGAGAGAGGAAGAGGACGCUAGCAGCAGUGGGCGCGCCAUAAGCGGGGGCGCACGCACGCGACUCUCCCGAGAUCCAAGAACCGCGAGAUCCGCUUGCCCCCGUCGCCGGCCAGAGCCCAGAGCCCCCCCUCCCUUGAUGCGGCCGGAGCGCUGCCUCCAGUUCUUGGGCUCCAGGAGACCGGUGCGGUGACGUGGGGGCCGACCGGCCGGGUGCGAGUACGUGUCCAUGGCGCGCUUCUUGGGCGCCGGAGAGGAGCGAGAAGAGUUCUUUGACUCGAGGGAGGUCCUGUCGCCGGCGUCCGUCUCGUCGUCGCCGUCGAGUUCCGGCCGCCACGACGACGGCGGGUGGCUCUUUGCUCAGCAGCUGCUCGAGGUCUGGGUCAGGGACCCGGGCAGCGUCCACGAGCGCCGCCAGAGGUUCGUCAAGUCCUUGGGCCUCUUGGAUCCGAGCCCCUUCGGCGCGCGGCCCGGCGAGGAGACGUGCUCGAGGCCUGAGGCCAGCGAAGAAAUCCUGCUGGCAAGCCCCAGCGCCGAGUUGUUCUCAGCCGCCCCUACCUUUGCGAGCAGGGGAGGGGAGCCGACAGCCUCCGGCGACGACGGUGCUGCCACGGAAGAGAAGCUGGAGUGCGUGUUCAAGAACCUGGACGAUGGCACAGUGUUCGUGGUCGACGAGAUGGGAAAGGAUGGGAGCUUCCGGAGCCUUAGGGAGAGGCGCUCCAACAGGACAGUAACGGCUGCAGAAUUCGAGCAGACCUUUGGCUCAUCACCUUUCAUCCGUGAGCUGAUGCGGAGGGUGGAUGACUCCGACGAACCCUCCACCCCGGAGAAGACUCUGAUGAGGAGAAGGAGGCGGCGGCGGCUUGGGUGGCUACGAAGACUGGGCGUUGGUGUUUGUGUUGUCGAUGCCGACGCAGAGGAAGACGAUGAGGUCAAUUCGACAUCCUCCACUUCUUCCCGGGGUUGCUCUAGGAAGGUUGCUAGGGUCAAGGUGAGACCAUACAAGAAGCGGUCAAAGGAAUUAUCUGCAGUGUACAAAGGCCAAGUCAUCAAGGCGCAUGAAGGUGCUAUUGUGACCAUGAAGUUCAGCUCUGAUGGCCAGUUUCUGGCUACUGGAGGUGAGGAUGGGGUCGUUCGCGUUUGGCGGGUGGUGGAAGGCAAGAGGCCUGAUGACCGUGAUUUUAUUGAGGAUGAUCCUUCAUGUGUGUUCUUCACUGUCAAUGAAAACUCUGAAUUGGCUCCCAUCAAUUCCUGCGAAGGGAGUAAGGGCAAGCACAGCAAGAGUUCAAAGGGGGCUACAGAUCCAGCUUGUGUUGUGAUUCCUCACCGGACCUUUGCGCUAUCCGAGGAUCCUGUGCAUGUAUUCCGUGGGCAUCAUGAUGUCAUAUUGGAUCUUUCAUGGUCAAAAAAUAGGGAAUUGCUUUCUGCGUCCGUGGACAAAACUGUUCGAUUAUGGAAGAUUGGGUGUGAUAGCUGUCUGAAGGUUUUCUCCCAUAAUAACUAUGUGACAUGCAUUCAGUUUAAACCUACCAGUGACAAUUAUUUCAUCAGUGGUUGUAUUGAUGGGAUGGUACGUAUUUGGGAUAUUCCUAGAUGCCUAGUCGUGGACUGGGUUGACAGCAAAGAGAUAAUUACUGCAGUUUGUUACCGUCCUGAUGGAAAGGGUGCAGUGGUUGGGACAAUAACAGGAAACUGCCGGUACUAUGACGCAUCAGAAAAUCAUCUAGAGCUGGAGUCCCAAGUCCCCCUGUAUGGCAGAAGGAAAUCUCCACUUAAAAGAAUAAUUGGAUUCCAGUAUUGCCCAUCCGAUCCAAAGAAACUGAUGGUGACAACUGGUGACUCACAAGUUCGCAUUCUCGAUGGGGUUCAUGUUGUUUCUAGCUACAAAGGAUUACGAAGUUCAAGUCAAGUCCCUGCAGCAUUUACACCAGAUGGAGAUCACAUUAUUUCUGCUAGCGACGACUCUAGUAUCUAUAUGUGGAAUUAUGCAAACCAAAUUGCCCCAGUCACAAGCCGUGUGAAAACCGUAUGGUCAUAUGAGCGCUUCUUCUGCAAUGAUGUGUCUGUUGCAAUACCGUGGAACGCCUCGCCUACAAAGAGUUCUAUUUCUCUUGCUUGCAACAUCCCUUCUUCACGGCAAGAGGUCUCUGAGGAGUUACACAACCUGCAAGACUCUACGUCGGGCUGCAAUGCUGAAGACUCACUUGAAGGUGAUAGCUUGCACCAAUUGCCAUCUGGCAAUUUCACUCUUAGUAAUGCAUUCUUUGCGGAGUUGGCACCAAGGGGAAAGGCGACAUGGCCAGAGGAGCAGUUGCCAUGUAAUUCAGUGACACCAUCAUCAUCUGCCUUGCGUAAAUCUCAGUAUAAGUUCCUGAAGACUUCUUGCCAGAGUGCCGCCACGCAUGCUUGGGGUCAGGUCAUAGUCACUGCAGGUUGGGAUGGAAACAUCAGGUCAUUCCAGAAUUAUGGUUUACCUAUGCAAGUGUGACAUGGUACAAGGGAUGCAUCUCUUCACUGUUGCUUGAUCAGUGGAUAUCCCAGGAAUGGCAGAUGAGAAGUCGAUUGCAAAAACUUUUAUGCCUCCAGAAACUUGGUUGGCUGACGGCGACGCCCGUCCAGAUUAUGAUUACAGUACAAAGAGUCACAUGGCUGUGUGCUUGAGCUGUAUUGCUUGUGGACCAGAAGUUGUAUUUAGUCCUGUGGUCCUGCAAGAUAUCGACAGCAUCGGGCGGCACAUUGUUGGGACGGCCCGGGGAAGAUGGAUCCCAUCACAGACCAAACAAACUUUGCGCAAAGAUUGGGGUGUCUGGCUGCAAUUGCAAUGCCUUGAUGUUGUUCCUUUUCUCUGUUUCGGGCUCCCUUUGGGGCGGUCCUCCGUAAAUAUAUAUAGUUGGAUGGAUGAACAUAAUUUUUUUGCCCGUUUGAGUUCCCCUUGCCUGAUCCAAGAUGGUCGACAAGGCGAGCGGGGAGGUAGUAGAGUUCACUGUUGGAUAGGAAAAAUUAGUUGGAGGGGAGUGCACAUAUUGGAUUCAUUUCAUUUGUUCAUCACAUGCCAUCACCAUCAUUCAUAUCAUGGCCUGCCUUUAUGGUGGAACUGUGCAUAGCUGAUGCUUCCAUUUCCCUGUGUUGGAGACGCCAUUGCCCGUUGCUUUGUUUGUGGUGGUGGACAUGGUCAGGUGGCUGUGGGGGACCUCUGUGCAGGCCUUUCUGGAUAGGGAUGGUGCAGUUGGUCCUGAUGGGUUUCCUCCUAACGCCAGGGACCGGCCUGGGUGUGGGAGCAUGGGGACUCCUCCUUGCCCCACUCAAUGGCCAUGGCUGUUUAAAGCUGGGGGCCAUGCCUCAGAUCUUGGCCUUUUACUCCUGCAUCGUCAUGUCUUUUUCUUAGAUCCUCCGCAUCUUUGGUGUGAGCUGCGUCUGCAAAGAAGUUGACAUUGCUUAAUCUUUUGGCCUGUAUAUACUACCUUUCGCGCUGCAUUGUAUAAAUCCAUUUCCAUUUCCUC